AUGGCGCUGACUUUAUCUCAAGAUUUUGGUGUUACUCGUACGGUAAACCUCAAACCGAACGGCGGAAAUAUACCGGUUACCAAGGAGAAUAGGAUAGAAUACAUCUACCUGGUCUCUCAUUAUCGCCUUACACGCCAGAUCAAGAAACAAACAGAUGCAUUCUUUGAAGGACUUUCGGAAAUCAUAGAUCCAAAAUGGCUCAGAAUGUUUAAUCAACAGGAAUUAAAAGUCUUGGUGGGUGGAGCAGAAGAGCCAAUCGACCUGGACGAUUUGAGAGACAAUGUCGUCUACGGCGGAUUGUAUGAUGAAAACCAUGCUGUCAUACGAAUGUUCUGGAGAGUGGUGAAGAGCUUGGAUCAAGACAAGCGAAGGCAGCUUCUACGCUUCGUGACUAGCUGUGCCAGACCACCUUUGCUUGGGUUCAAAGAGCUAUAUCCGAAGUUCGCAAUCCGUGAUGCUGGCAAGUACACAAACCCAUUCUCCCCCGAUUUUAUUGACAAGUCCACUAGCUUCCAUUGUAUCAGGACGAGGAAACGAUGCGACGAAAGCUUCUACAUGCCAUCACUUCUGGUGCAGGUUUUGACUUAUCUUAGGGAUGUCUUCUGUUAG